AUCUCAAAGCCAUCGCUAACCGAACUUCAGACCUCGAGUGGCAGUCGAUCUGUUAAGACGUGCUUUUGGCUCAAACCGUAUAAAGCUUUACAAAUUUUUGACGUUACUUCUACAAAAACUGUUUAACAACUAGAUUUUCACAUUUCAACUACAAAUUGUGUCUGUGUAUGUGUGUUUGCGUACGGAUAAGUGAAAAGUGAAUUUACUCCUUUUUCUCAAAAAACGGCUGCAACAGCGUUCAAGCAAGCAAUUGCUUUAAUUAGCACAAUCAACUCUCUCAUUUACCUUGUGGAUUAAUUUUUGCUUAGCGUAGAUGACCGGCAAGGAUACGGACUCAAUGGCGACUGUGCAAAUCAAGCCAGACUAUGCUGCCAGCGAAGUCUACAGCACGGCUAGCGAAGCGCCACCGCUCGGAUUGUUUAGCUUUAAUCCACAGGCUUACAAGCGCCAAUCGAAUUCGGUGAAAAUUGCCAAAAUCACCGCUUUCACAAUUAUUGUGUCCUCAUUCAUUUUGGGCACCUUCAUUUUGGCCUCAUCAUAUCUGCAAGCCAAGGCCUCGUGCGAUCAAGUGCAGGCUCUUGACUCUGUGCUCGAAAAGGAAUUGAUGUUGGAAACGCUGCAGCAAGUGAACAAAGAACUUCCACGCGCCGAAGCACUUUUGGGCAGGGAGAACAACGAGGAAGCUGAUCUGCAAAAUCUGGAUAAGGAUGUUACCGUGAAGAAGGUGGAAAUUAAGAAGCAACAUGCCACGCCCAACCAAGUCGCCGCCAGUGCCUCAGAUGACGGUGACUCUAGCGAUAGUGACAACUCCUACUCGGAUGUUGAUGAUGCCGAGGAAAUCAAAUAUCCCGGUAAAGUACCACUCGAAUUGGAUCUGAGCGAUUUGGCUGCUGCUUUGUUGCAAAACAACAAAAAAUCGCGCAUGAACUGUGUCGUUGAACGUAAGCAUGCCGAAGAGAUUGUGGACUCACCUUCCAAAACUGUUGCUUUACCGUUCGGCGUCAAUCUUACCACCGAUCCCAAGAAGGCGCGCAUCACCGGCGAACGCAUCUCAAUCUACUGCGAGGGUGGCAAUGAGAAUAAGGAACACGAAAACGCCGAAUCAUCACGCAACAACAACAAUCGCGAAGAGGAUGAUGAUAACGAUGAUGAGAUCGAAUCGAAUCGCCCCAUGUUCAUUCCAUACCAACGCAUACCCAUACCAUUCGGUCAGAUCCCACAACGUUUCCCCCUCACACACAUGCCACAACGCAUGAUGCCACCCAUGCCACCAAUGUCCGCCAUGUCGCAGGAAUCUCAAGCGCCACCACAACAAUCGUACAUCCGUCAAAUGCCACCACCAUUCCAGCACUUGCCCAUGCGUCCACCAAUGCCACCACAAGUGAUGCAAGCACCACAUCCCGACUCACAGCAAUCGCAACAGAACAUGUAUGUGCCACAAACUGUACGCAUUCAUGUGCAACAAAUACCGAUUCGUGAAAUUCACCUGGCCGAUGAUAUGCCAGUGCAGAUCCCAUCACAACAACAGGAAUUGCCACAUUUGCAAAUCCAACGUUUGCCACUUGGUGUUGCUCUGCAACGUGCCGGCAUAACCGCUGAAGAUUUGCGCAACAUCCAACGCAUGGCUGAGGAUCGCAUCACCGACGAGUUGCGUCGUCUUGCUGCCGAAGAAGCCGCUGAGUCAGCGGAAAACAACAACAGCAGCAACAAUAGGGAUAGUGAGGAAGCUGAUGACUCAUCGUCUGACGCGCAAAUGUCCAGCGAACAGGAGCACAUUAUUCGCCAGCAGCAGCAGCAGCAACAACAACAGCAACAGCAGCGCCAACAACAACUUCCACAAUUGGCGCAUCCCCAACAGCCCGCCAUUGCGCCCGAGGAAGCGAUGCGCAUGCAACAAGCGCCACCACAGCGCCUGAUCUUGCAGCCCUUGCCUGAGCAGCCACGCGACACCAUGACCCCACCCAUGCCCGAUCAGCCACAAAUGAUGCAAUACGGACGCGCCAACUUCGGUCGCAGCCUGGCACAGCCCGUCCGCAUCCCGGUCCCAAUUCUACAGCCACAUAACGAGGGCGAGAUCGCCUCCUCCGUCGAGUCGGAGAGGCCGCAUUUUGUUCAGCCGCGUUCCGUUUAAACAUUCAGCCUGUGAUUGCUGCUGCUUUCGGUCGUUGCUAAAGAAAGAAGGUUAGAAGUGCCAAUCCCACACUCGCUUUGAAGUCUCUAUAUGUAUGUACAUAUGCCCGUCACUCCGUCUGUGCAACCGGAAGCAGCUAAACGCCAAAAAAUGUUAAUUACAUUCUCGUUUCUUUUCUGCACAACAACAACAAAACAGCAAACAUUACAGCUGAUCCAUCUAAUAUGAGGAAAAAAUUCAUGGUUAACGGUUCUAUUGGGAUAAACACGCAGACUAAUUACAGAAAGUGCGAAAAUUUUGACAUCUUUGGUUCUAUAUAUUUUAUAUUUUCCGAUUCUAUUUUAUCUAUACUGAUCUGAUCUUGUAUUUGUAUAAUUGUGUGCGUGCGAGAUAUGUAUGUACGCACACCAGCAGCUGCAUGUACUUUAUACAUAUACAUAUAUAUAUAUUAAUAAAUGUACAUAUGUAUUGUAUUGUAUUGUUUAAAUAUAAAAGAAGCCGCAUUUGUGUUACUUCCGAUCUGUAAUAUGUAAUAUGUCAGCAGCCUUUUAUUAUUUUAUUGUUUUAAUUAUUUUAAAAUUAGACAUUUGAUAAACAUUUUAAGAAAUGAAAUCGAAAAAUUUGUAAAUAAAUUGUAACUAUUUUUAAAAGAA